ACAGCAGAGCAGUCGAGCCUCUGGAGCCCGAGCCCGAGUGCGUGCGCGGGUCAGAGGAUGCGGUGGCGUGCGCACGGAGGUUCCGGCGCGGCGAGCGUGCUCGGACCCGCGCUCAAGACGCCCACGAGAAUCUCCCGGAAGUGAGGCCGCGCCGGGGGGGUUCGGGGGGCAGCAUGAAGCCCCUCCUGCCGUUCCUGCCGCUCCUGCUCCUGCUCGGCCCGCACGUGCGCUGCGCCCCCGCCAACAAGAGGCUCCCCAAAAGCGGCGCGGGCCCCCCGGGACCUCGGACCUCCGCCAAGCCCAAAUGGGCGAGCGGUAGCACGGCGGUACCGGCGUCGGGCGCGGUCACGCAGCUGCGCGCCCCCGCCCUCCAACACGACACAUGCCUGGGCUACUACGACGUGAGCGGCCAGUUCGACAAAGAGUUCGGCUGCAACAACACGGACCACCGCUUCUGUUGCGGCAGCUGCUUCCUGCGCUUCUGCUGCGCCGACCGCGCCAAGCGUCUGGAGCAGACCGUCUGCACGAACUACAACACGCCCGACUGGGUCAAGACGCAGCCUCCCUCGCCCGCGCCCACCGGGGACUCCUACGACCCCGAGUUGGACCGCACCAACACCACCGUCUACAUCAGCUGCGGCGUGGUUGCGCUCGUGGUCGCCGUGGGGAUCUCCGCCAAGGUGGCGUACGACAAGGCCACCAAGACCCCCCAGGAGAUGAACGUGCACAGAGCGCUGGCGGACAUCUUGAGGCAGCAGGGCCCCGUUCCCAUUUCCCAGUACGAGCAAGACAACAUGGACGCCAUGAUGAAUGGGUCGCCCAAAGACGAGACGCCAGUCCGGACCUCCAAGAACGACUACACGCCCGUGCACGCCAACCAUGGGCAUUACGGGAUGGAGACAAUUCGCAGCGGAGGUGCCGACAUGCUGAUCUCGUCAGGCUUCGUGACGCUCGGAAGAGGACACCUCAAAGCGCAGCACCCCAUCGACGAGUCUGCGCAGAUUUCCUGGCAGAACGAGCGGGACCUCCCCGUCUCAUACGGAAAUCACCAUCACCAUGACUACCAGCACAGCCACGUGGAUCUCACCGCUCUCACGCCGAAGCUGGCAAACAGACACGGGCGACACGAGCGAGCAGCACGGCCCAACAACAUCCUGACGGCGGCCACCGAGCCGUACGACCUGUCGCUGUCCAGAUCCUUCCAGAACCUCAGCCACAUGCCGUCCGCCUACGAGCUCGCCCUCUCGUCUGACUUGAGUGACAAGGAAGUGGACGACUUCUACUCCAGGAAGCAUCCCCAAGCGGACUUCGGUGGCCGAGGCCACACCCGCAUGGCCAUGCUCAACGACCCCCCGCCAUUGCACCACCAUCAACAUCAUCAACAGCAACAUCAGCAACGUCAGCGCCCUCGCCGCGUCCAGCGCACUAUGUCCCAGGACCACGUCCUAUCCCCGCCGCGGACGCCUCGCCGCGGGGACUGCGGCCUCUCCUCGUACGGCAAUGCGGCUGCGACUGCCUACGGGAGCAAUCGCCACCCGUCGGAAGAACUGCUACUGUCGGCGGAGCGCCUGCGCUCCCGGGAUCCUUUGCUGUCUCCCGCCAUUCGCCGCGACAAAUUCCGCCAGAAGGCCAUGGCCCGUGCCAUGUCCCACGCCGACAUGCUGAUCCCCAGCACGCCCGUCCACGAACGCCACCGCAUGGGCAAAAUGCUGUCUGAGCCUAGCGACGCCUACAACACGUUCGGCGUCAACACGCUCGGCGUCAACACGCUCGGCGUCAACACGCUCGGCGUUAAUACACACGCCAGCGCCGCCAAAAGGCAGGCCUUUGCCUCGCGCCGGACGCACACGGUGGACCACCUGCAGUUUGGCGCGGGACAUCAUCACGGGACAAACGAGGUCACCGUUUGACUGCAACGGACAAGACCACUUCCUGUUCCUGCUCCUCCACUUCCUGUCGCCCAGCGGCGAACAGCAUCACAAGGGCUUCACCGUGGCGACCAAUCCCCCAUAUUGUAAUAUUCACACAAUUGCGCAUAGAGGACAUCACUUUAGCGUUCACACGUCCAUGCAAAUGCUAGCAAUGAUGUCAUAAUUUACUAAAAUUACGACGUUAUUCUUAACGUUCUCGUAGCCACACGAAUUAUUGUGAUGAUGUCAUCAUUAGGUAAAUGCUAAAAUGACGAUAACAUGCCUUAAUUUUGAAGUUAUUAUUGGCGUUCCCGUGGCCCUACAAAUGCUAGCAAUGACGUAAUUGCUGACUAAAAUGCUAAAUGUUCAAAUGACGCCAUCUCAUUUUUAGUGGCCAUUCAAAUCCGAGCAUGACAACAUCAUUAGCAUAUUAAAAUAUGACGUCUUUGAUAGCAUUCGCUCGCUACGCAAAGAUGACAUCAAUCCAUGAAAAUACGACCAAUGAGGUGACUGUUUGAUCACUUUCCUGUUCCUGAUCCUACACUUCCUUUUAACUGCUGCCGUAGAGACGAAAGUGUUUCUCUCCUCAUCGCAAGGGCUUCGAGCGGAUCCUACAUUUUGUAACUGAGGACAUACAGUGUUUGUCUUCAUCUAGCACUGGAGUUGCGUUAGGGCGCCGCCCCGAUGAUGUCAUCGUAAGGAUUCACACAACCAUGCUAAUGUGAUGUCGUUGCUAGCAUGCUAAAUGCUAACGUGGUUAGUGCCCGCACAAAUUCAACUUUAUUGGUAGCGCUCCCUCUGCCGUGCAACUGCUAGCGAUGAUGUCAUUAUGAGGCAAAAUGUUAACUGCCAAAACGACAUCAGAAUCAGAAUCAUCUUUAUUUGCCAAGUAUGUCAAAAACACACAAGGCAUUUUUUUUUUGGACUAUUGUGCAAAUGAUCCAGAGUCCUCUCGCAAUUUAGAGCAGUUUGAAUUGACUAAUAGAGCAAUAAUCUGGAACAGUGUCAAUUGUGCAAAUGGUGCAGAUACUUCACAAGCACAUGAAAGGCCACUAUUGGUGAACAACAGAUAUGCAAGUAGUGCAGAGUGGCGUGACUACUACAGUGAGUGCACGAAUGAUGUAUAAUGGGCCCGACAGCGAUGUGACAACAAUCUCAAGACAAAAUUGGCAGCAUGUUACAAUGGAAUUGGAAGAGAAGUUAUUGGCUCGAGGGAAGAAGCUGUUGGAAUGUCUGCUAGUCUUAGUUUGCAUUGUUCGAUAGCACCUACCUGAGGAAAAGAGCUGGAAGAGCUGGUGACCAGGAUCCAAGAGGAUUUUGCAUGCUCUUGUCUGGCAGCAAGCAAGUUCUCAAGGCGCCAAACCAGACUGUGAUGGAUGAACACAGGACUGAUUCGAUGACCGCUGUGUAGAACUGACUCAACAGCUCCUGGGGCAGGCCGCGCUUCCUCAGAAGCCGCAGGAAGAGCAUCCUCUGCUGGGCCUUUUUGAGGAUGGAAUUGAUGUUGGUCUCGCUCUUCAGGUCCUGAGAGACUGUAAUUCCUAGGAACUUGAAGGUCUCGAUGGUUGACACAGGGCAGUGAGGGGCAGCUGUAGCAUUCAUGUGGCCACACAAAGUCAACGUCACGUUAGCAUUCACACGUCCGCGCAAAUGUUGACCAUGACAUCUUGUUAGCUGAAAUGCUAAAUGCUAAAAUAACACCAUCUUUGCAGCAUUAUUCUUAGCAUUCCUGCAGCCACACACAUGCUAGCAAUGACAUCAAUGUCAUUGUGAAAUAAAAUGCUAAAAUGACACCAUCUUUGCAACAUUAUGUUAUCCUUCCCUCAGCCACUCAAAGGCGAAAUCCUGUUAGCAUUCAUGCGGCCAACCAGAGGCUAGUGAUGACAUCAUCAACAGUAGAAUUACAUUUUUGUUAGCGUUCACACUAAAAUGAUGUCACGCCAAUGUAAUGACAUCAAUAUUAGACAUCGCAGCAAACGACACUGCACGACAUUUACUUCAGUGCUAACGAUGACGCCGUCGUGCGACCGCCGAGUAAUGAUGACGUCAUCUUCGCUGAGCCACGUUACCAUUCACGCGGCCGCGCUAAUAUGACAUCAUUGCUAACGUUUGCUGCUAACCAUGACAACAUCGCGAGCAGUCACGGGGGCUGCGCGAAGACGUCUUCGCUGUCAUCAUUAGCAUUCACGCGGCUCUGCUUAAAUAUUGUAAAUAAGCUUCUGUAAAUGCUCUCCCACUCUAAUUUUCUUUCUCUAAUGUAGACUUUUAAAUCUAGAUAAGACUCACGUUAUGUCCCAUAUUAAUCGUUUAUUAGCACCUUUAGCUUAGCGCUGUUAACGUCCGCUACGUUUGGGGUCGCUCCGCAUCCGAGUGUUUGCAGAGAAAAAUCAGAAAGACGACAGCCCAUCGAGCUCCUUCGCACAUGUCCAUUGUUUCCUGCCUCCUUUCCCUCGCGCAUUCGAUUACACAUGUAAAAGAAAACAAAAAGUUGUUUUUAUACUAAUUGUGUGUGUGUAGGUGUGUGCGCGCAAGUGGCAUCUCUUUAAGCCCUUCCUCUCUUGUCCAACCAAUCAGCAGCCAAAAGUCCUCCUGUUGCUGUUUACUUAAUCUUAGUUCUCUAACAAACUUCAAUAAAUUCUGCUUA